GUAGGAAACCCCGGCUGCGCGUGCGCGGUUAGAUUAGCCCGUUAAUCCCGGGGGCUCGCGGCGAGGAGGAAGACCAGCGGCAGCAUCAUCCUGAUCAUCAUCGUCACCACGCCAGCCCUCCAUCGUCGGGCUCACAUGAGGAGGAAGGGCGGCAGUGAGGCGGUCGUAGUUCAUCACAGCUCUCUGUUUUUAACCACUGGUCUGUGGUGUUAGCAUGCUAGGCUAACAUAGCCACCGGGCUAACUAGCUGAAACGGAGAAAUCCGAUUAGCGGCGGCUAACGGGCUGUAAUACCCCGGGGCGAGGAGCUACACUUUGGACCUUUUUGUAUUCGUCUCCUUUUAUUUGAUUUGUAUGCCUUGGUUUCUGGUGUCACGUUGUCGUGGGCCGAGAAGCUAACGGGCUGUCAGUGUCUCCGUAGCAUAGCACCCGUCUGUCAGGCUGCUGCUGAGGGUCGGGAGGGCGAAUUGUCGGAGCUGUAGUCUCCCCAGAGACCUCCGAGAUCCCAGAGACCUCCGAGACCUCCUCAGGGAUCAGUCUCCUCACCAACACCCCCCCGUCGGCCCGCCGUCAGAACGGAGCCCCCCUUCCCCCGGUCCCGUCUCCCCGCAGACUAGACCCCCGCCCCCCACGUUCUGGAUCUGUCUUGAGACUAGAACCCCACGUCCUGGAUCCGUUUUGAGACAAGAUCCCCACGUUCUGGAUCCGUCUUGAAACUAGAGACCCCCACCUUCUGGACUAGGAACCAUUGCCCGCAGCGAGGCGUCAUGUCGGGGAAAGAUAAGGACAAGGAUAAACCUGAGAAGCAGUCCACCACGGAGCGGCUCGUCAAAGCCGUCCCCUACCCGCCGCAGCAGAAGCUGACCAUCAAGGAGCUGUUUGAGGAUGGGAAGCCCAACCCGGAGAUCCUGCGGAACCACCUGGUGAAGGAGGGGCGAGUGGAGGAGGACGCCGCCCUCCGGAUCAUCAACGACGGGGCCAACAUCCUGCGGCAGGAGAAGUGCAUGCUGGAGGUGGACGCACCCAUAACAGUAUGCGGCGACGUCCACGGCCAGUUCUUUGACCUUAUGAAGCUCUUUGAAGUGGGCGGGUCCCCCAGCACCACGCGCUACCUCUUCCUCGGAGACUACGUGGACCGGGGAUACUUCAGUAUUGAGUGCGUGCUCUACCUCUGGUCCCUGAAGAUCAACCACCCCAACACGCUGUUCCUGCUGCGCGGGAACCACGAGUGCCGCCACCUCACAGAGUACUUCACCUUCAAGCAGGAAUGUAAAAUCAAGUACUCCGAGCGCGUGUACGACGCCUGCAUGGAGGCCUUCGACUGCCUCCCGCUCGCGGCGCUCCUCAACCAGCAGUUCCUCUGCGUCCACGGGGGGCUCUCCCCGGAGAUCAACUGUCUGGACGACAUCAGAAAGUUAGACCGAUUCAAGGAGCCGCCCGCCUUCGGCCCCAUGUGUGACCUCAUCUGGGCCGACCCCGGGGAGGACUACGGCAGCGAGAAGACCUCGGAGCACUUCAACCACAACUCUGUCAGGGGCUGCUCUUACUUCUUCAGUUAUGCGGCAGUGUGUGACUUCUUGGUAAACAACAACUUGUUGUCGGUGAUACGAGCCCAUGAAGCACAAGACGCCGGGUAUCGCAUGUACCGCAAGAGCCAGACCACGGGCUUCCCCUCACUGAUCACCAUCUUCUCAGCCCCUAAUUAUCUGGACGUGUACAACAACAAAGCGGCCGUGUUGAAGUACGAGAACAACGUGAUGAACAUCCGCCAGUUCAACUGCUCCCCCCACCCCUACUGGCUGCCCAACUUCAUGGACGUCUUCACCUGGUCCCUGCCCUUCGUGGGGGAGAAGGUGACGGAGAUGCUGGUGAACGUCCUCAACAUCUGCUCCGACGACGAGCUCAUGUCGGAGAUAGACGACCAGUGUGAAGGCGGGGCGUCGGCGAUGCGUAAGGAGGUGAUCCGGAACAAGAUCCGCGCCGUGGGGAAGAUGGCGCGCGUCUUCUCGGUGCUCAGGGAGGAGAGUGAAAGCGUGCUGACCCUGAAGGGGCUGACCCCCACGGGUACCCUGCCUGUGGGGGUGCUGUCGGGGGGCAAGCAGACCAUCGAGACGGCCACCAUUGAGGCGGUGGAGGCCAAAGCCAUCCAAGGCUUCUCCCCUACCCGGAAGAUCCGCAACUUCGAGGAGGCUCGCGGGCUGGACCGCAUCAACGAGCGCAUGCCCCCCCGCAAGGACGGCCAGCAGCCCCCCGACGCCGCAGUGGCCAACAAGAACGGCACGGAGGGAUAGAGGGGGGGGGGCGGCGCGUGGUCCGACCCCCGUACCCCCAGGACCACCGCUCAUGUAUCCCCCCGCCACCCCCCAACUCACAGUGGGAACUCUCUCACCUGCUCUCCUCCCCCCCUCUGCAUCUCUGUCCCUCCCUCUCCUCUCUCUCUGUCUCUCUCUCUCUGUCUCUGUCUCUCUCUCUCUCUGUCUCUCUCUCUCUCUCUCUCUCCCUCUCAUGUCUCUCUCUCUUGUCUCCCUCUCUCUCUCCCCCUCUCUCCCUCUCUCUCGUCCUGUAAAGACUGACUGCCCGUUACUGGGACGACUGGGUCUGAUCCCAGUAGUAUUUGAGGGGGUGUCAAAGAUAAUGAAGGAUGUUUUUAAUUGCUGGAAGAAAUUAACGUGUGGGGUAUCAAAAGAUAGAUUGCUAAUUUAUUUAUUAAAAGAGAUAUACUAGAGAUAUUCUGUGUUCUAGCUACAAAACUACGAAUGAAGACAUUUCCCGGUCCUAAUGUUGCUCCACCCAGGUCAUGACCUUUAGGUCAAUCCUAGAGGUCAAACUCUCGGGGUGCUGGGUCGAAGAGUGUGACGGUAGGACUCCACACUCUUUAAUUGAGGGGUUCAAUCGUCAAUUUGAAGUAUUCUUUUGUGCUGGGAAGGUUAACGUCGACUUCACCCAAAAAGAAUGCGCAAAAAAAAAAGCCAUGUUUAAAAAAAUAUUGUCCAAGAAGACUUUCAAAGGUUCAAAACUUCAGCGUUUGCUUCUAUAUAAAUCUAUAUACUGUAUGUGUGUGUUGCUUGAGGGGAUCCGAGAGGCUUGGCACCGGGCUGGGUGGGCAUGACGUUUAUAAGGGAAUAUACAUUGUAGUAUUAUAUAAAAAUAAUGAUUUUAUACCUCCAGUGGAUGUUUCAUGAAGAUGUAUUCUAAUAGUUUUAUUCAAAGAAAUGGUCUCAAACCAACUUAAACAAAGGGAAUCCCGGAACACCACUUCCUGCUCAGUAUUUACUCCGUCACCUGAAGGUGUAUUGUGUAUAUAACGGUUCUCCUUAGUUUGGCAACCAUUGUCACUUUAAGAGUAACAUCGGCCUCUUCUCGAUCGCAAAACCGCUCAUCAACUGAGUCCUGAAACGUUGAGAAGGGGAGAAGUUCGGGACCGGGUUUCAAGCGUUCUUCCUCCAACACGGACGACCUAGAGGCAGGCAGCUUGGCUGGUUCUGUGUGUUAAAGAAACCCAACGUCCUGCUCUCUCCCCCAGGGGACCGGGAGCGAGGCCAGACCCCCGUCCCCCCUCCCGUCUCUGUAUCGGGAGCGCUCCAGUCAGAGGGAGCGGCGACCACAGACGGACCGCGACGUGUUUGGGUCAGAUAAGGGUCCGGACCGCGGGACGGGAGCGCUCUCCCUUGGACCUGAAGAAACCGCUUGCUAUGUUGUCCGCGGAAACUGGACUGAAGUUCUUGUUUAUUUGUUUAGAGUGAAGCAAUUCUGCGUAGGCUGUGUUGCCCAGACGCGGGUCCUAGUUUGAUUUGAUAUCGUUGCUUUGUGUCGGACACUAAAGAGGUUUGCUUCCGUAGCCGUUUUUUGGUUCAUCUUUACUGAGAGCUGUGAGAGUAACUCCAUCCGUUCUUGAUUAUGUGCAAACGUAUUUUCCUUUUUUGGUUUUUAAAAAUUGUGAUGACUACUGUAUGCGCAAAGGACAACAGAAACGAUUUCCUUUUAGUUUAUUAUUAUUGAUGGCCAUACCUGUACCCUGGUGUGAGUCAUCCACAAUUUGUGGAUUUAUUUUUUAUUUUUUAAAGGUACCGUGCUACCAACUGCCGAUGGGAACACCUCCGCAGUCCUGUAAAGAUGUACAUUCUGCCAGACGGCGUUUUAAAGAGCAGCUACACCGUGCACUACAUGUGAGUUUGCUGCCACCUAGAGGUCAUAUCCAUAGUACACUGUAAAAAAUACAAUUUGAUCAGUGACAAAUCAUGUGUGUAUAUAAAAAUAUAUACACAUAUGUAUUUAUUUUAACACAACGGUUAUUUUCAAUGAAUUAUAUUUUAUAAAUCAAAACGCCCAAAUAAAAAAAAAAGAUUCCACAUUAAGUCCUACCUUUGUUUUUAGCAUGGACAGACUGUUCUGGGUUCUGUGUGUAAUGUAUUUAUUACCACCAUUAGGUUUCUUAUCACAGUCUCCUCAACCCUUCGGUGGCAGGAAACUCCCACGCGUAAACAGUUGUUAACCUAGCAAGCGGUGGAGCUGAUAUAGGUGAUAAUUGCUCCAAACCCCCUCAACCCCUCCUACUCUGGACCCUUUAAGAUUUGUCCCGGCGGGGAUGCGAACCCACGACCAACCCCUCACCUGGUGCUUUGACACACCUGACUGUAUUCUGUUGUCUUUCUGUUGCUCAGGAAAGAAGGGAAAAUAAUAAGAAAAAAAAGCUUUAACAUUUGCUAUUCUUUUGGGAAUUGAACCUUUUUCAAGAGGCAGGGCGCUCAUGUGCCAUGUCACCUUGGCCACACGUGUAAAUGCCAGUGCGUGUGUGUGUGUGUGUGUGUGUGUGUGUGUGUGUGCGUGUGUGUGAAUCAUGAAAGGGGUUGACGUCAUUCAAGACAACGGCGGAGGGGUUAAAUAAAAGUACUUUCAGUCCACUACCUUGCAGCCAUACUUUAAACUUUACACGUUUUCUUAAGAUAUAGCCGUUUAUUGUUGUGUUUGGUAACCUUUCUUAGACAAGCUAAGAUCUUAAGCGCUUUGAGGUGCGUGGGAACUGAAAACAUUGGGUUUUCUGUGUUUUGUUUUUUAUUUUCUCAAGAUGGCGGCCGUGUUGGCUGGGCGGCCCUGAUGUGAGGGCCUUUAAGUGUCUCUGAAUGUAAAUCAUCUGAAGAAGGGAAUGAUUUUAGAGUGACCAUGAUCUCGAUCUAGAUGUAUUACUUGAAAAACAAAAAUUCAAAUACAGCAGUUUUUUUUGCCCUUCGUUGUUAUUUUUUACCCAUUAUUUCUUAUAUCUAUAGAUAUAUACAUUAUCUAUAUAAACUUGU